AUGUUUGACUCUGGUGUUAUUCAUCUCAUUGAUGGUCUGAAGAUCGACAGCCCGUUGAAUGCUCUUACCUUGACACAUGAUCACCAUCGGUCAUUUGACUUGGAGGAGAUUGAUGAUGUGAGGGCGGAUGGCUCAACAAACUUGGGUAUCUCUCCGACAGCUAAGACCCCAAAGAAGGACACCUUCCACGUCCAAGAAGUCAAUGGGCCACUACAAGGCCGGGUCACGUGGCGAAGCCGACCAAUCCACCGCACGUGA